UUGCAGAGUUCCGAUUUCGUGCGAUUUAUUACGUCCGAAUCAACGGUGGUACGACUGGCGGGCCUGUCCGGGGCACUGGCAAUUUCGCUUGGUGCCUACGGGGCACAUGCAAUUCGAGAAGCAGGCACUUUUGAUGAGCGACGUAUGCGUGCCUUUGAUACCGGCAACCGGUACCAUCUGUUGCACUCGGUGGCACUGCUGGGUGCCGUGAAUGCACGCUAUCCGUGGCUCACUGCAUCGCUGUUCCUGGGCGGUAUGCUGGUAUUCUCGGGCAGCUGCUAUCACUACAGCAUCACCGGCAACGAGUGCCUGAGAAAGUAUACACCAGUUGGUGGACUGAUGUACAUUAUUGCAUGGCUUACACUGUUACUUUGA